GCCCAUCCGAAGGCGAAUAGCGAAGCGCUUCCGGUGCGCGGCCACCUCAACCUACCGCGCGAGAGUGACGCUGCCGGCCCCGCGGCUUCCGCGUUGGACGCGCUUCUCUUUAAUUUUUGCUUUGCGUUUCUAGGGGGGGGGGAUUUUUUUUCUCUCCUUCUAAACAAACAACAAAAAAAAGCCUGCGGAACACCGCCUCGUUUAUUUCGUCGUCGUGUUCUUCUGCUCCAGACUCUCGACAUCGUCCCCCUCCCCUCCCGAAUAAAGGCGGCAAGAUGAUUAGCAUGUGGAAAGUGCGCGAGUACUUGGACAAAGCAACGAACAUCGUUAUGAAUUACACGGAGAUGGAGGCGAAGGUGCGGGAGGCCACCAAUGAUGAACCGUGGGGACCUUCUGGGAAACUCAUGGGAGAGAUAGCCAAAGCGACGUUUAUGUACGAGCUGUUUCCGGAGGUGAUGAACAUGCUGUGGGCACGGAUGCUGCGUGAAAACAAAAACAACUGGCGUAGGGCAUACAAGGGUUUGCUGCUGCUGACGUACUUGCUGCGCAAUGGCUCUGAGCGCGUGGUCACAAGUGCACGCGAGCACCUGUAUGACCUGCGCUCCCUGGAGGACUACCACUUUGUUGACGAGAAUGGGAAAGAUCAGGGCGUCAACGUGAGGCAGAAGGUAAAGGAGAUGAUCGACUUUGUCCAGGACGACGAGCGUGUACGCGAGGAGCGCAAGAAGGCCAAGAAACAUCGAGAUAAAUACAUCGGGGUGUCCUCUGACACGCGCUUUGGCUACAACGAUCGUUACGAUUCGGAACCCAAGAUGCGAUAUGACGAUGACUGGGAACGUCCAAAACCUCCCACACACGAUGAAGACGAAUCCUCCGACAAGCCUCGGCGAAAACAAAAGGAGUACCGUGAUAGCGACAGCGAGGAGGAUCACAAGCCGCGACGGAACAGCUCGAGCAGCAAGAACGCCUACGAGGACGACGACGCCGACCUCGGUGCCUCGAGCUCCGCCGCCUCCGCCAAGGCGGCCGCCGAGAGCAGCGCGGCCGAGGGCAGCGCGGCCGGCAAAAAACGCCCGGCCGUACCCUCCAAGAUGGUGGACCUGGGAGCAGCGACGCAGUACAAGGGCGGGGAUAAGAAGGGCGGCGGCCCCGCUCCGGUCAAAACGCAGGCUACCCCCACUCCACUGGCCGCCGUGGCUGCUGCGUCUGCUCCCGCCAUCACCACCACCACCAUCGCCACUACCUCCAAGUCCACGGGUGACAUUGCCGACCUGCUCUUUGACCCAGGCUUCACGGGCACCGCUCCGACCCACUCUGCGUCUGGCACAGACCUCUUUGCAGACUUUACUGCAUUCCAAGAAGCUGGACCCCCAACCAUGGCUCCCAGCUUCCCCCAAUCACAAGUGGCCAUUGGCAGUGCCAACAGUGGCUUUGAGGGAGGAUGGAAUGCGUUCAGCCAAGGUCCCAAUGCUGCUGCUGCUGCUGCUGCCUUGAGUGGUGGAAGUGAUGACCUAUUAGGCAACGCCUCCAUGCAGCAUGUUACGACGAAUCAUGGUGGUGCCGGCCUGGACCUUUUUGGAGAAAUGCAGCCUGGACCGAGUAUCCCAUUGUCCAGCACAAAUCCUAACCUUUUUUCUGGCCUCCAGCAGCCACAGCAAAAUUUGGCCUUUCCAGGAGUAGUUGGAACUUUUGGCAUAAACCCUCAACAAAGCAUGCAGUUUAUGCAGCCCAUGUCCGGAAUGAAACCGAUGGCAAACAUGAACGCAGGAGGCCUGGACAACCGUGCCAAGAAUUCGACAUGGUCCGACAGUGGUGGAGUUAACAUUAGCCUGGAGGGACUCAGCCCCUACGCACAGCCAUCCAAGGCGCCUCAGCUCUCCAUCAAUGCCCUUAUGCAGCAACAAGCCAUGCAGCAGCCGCCGAUGAAUUCACUGAACCAGGGCUUUGGGAACAUGUCGCUGGGUGGGACCCCAGCGCCCGCCGUCCCUAAGCCACAGGGCAUGCAGUUUCCCGGGGCGCCGGGUCCCUCUCCGUGGAUGCAGCCGGCUGCUGGCAUGAUGUCUCCACCGCACUUGCAGCAACAGCAGCACUUCGGCGUGCCUGCUCCAGUAAUGCAGCAGCAGCCUCCACCGCAAGGCAUGGUGGGAAUGAACAUGAGCGCCGCCCCCAUGAUGCGCGCCGGGAUGCCGGGCGGGGCUCCGGGCUCCAUGCCAAAGACGGACGCCUUCUCUGGUUUUGCCAAUUUCAGCAAAUAAAGACUAUACAAGAUUAGUUGUUGGUGGGAUGGGGGUAACAAAAAUUAUUUGGGUAAAGAGGUGCAAAUAUGGUUGUUUUGUGUAUAAACUUUUUAUUAAUAAAUGAAAUACGUUGGCAGUACAUGGGUUUUAUGCAAUUGUUUCAUGCUUCCUCACUAACCAUUUAUACCUACGCUCAUCAAGUAAAAUAAUGAAUAUGAGAUGCGCAUAUACAAAGUGCUUACUCAGGCUACUGCUCUUUGCAAGUCCCAUUGCCCACUCAUAUGAACACACGUUAAGAUUGACAUUGAAAUUGCAUGCUUUUCCAUAUUUAGAUAAAUUUUAGGGAUAUUUUGUAAAUCAUUACCCUUCCAAGCAUCAUCCAUUGUACAGAUUUUACGUUCAAGUGAUCAUCAUUUGCCGUAGAUUUCAAUCUUUAUUUUGUUAUUUGCAAUCUUGCACAACUUAUUUUGAUGCAUAGCAUUUUACUUGAUUGGCUUAUUUGCUUAAAAUGAUUUUCUUAUUUAAAUGUUUGUCAUUGGCUGCAGCGUUUGAAGGCUCUUUGCGGUUAUAAAAGUGUGUUUUUUUGUGAUGGGGGGAAAAACAAAUUAUAAUGGAAGUCUCAAUGGACAACUGAGGAGGAAGCACUGGCAUGCUUUAACAUCGGUGUCAUUAUAGGUUUGCCCUCAUGUACAGUCGCAGCAAAAUAUCAGACUGGGUAAUACUACAGAGCUUAUUUUUCUGCAUUUUUAGAAUAACAGUAUACUCCAAAAAAAUAUUUAAAACAUCAGUUGCGGCUCCAUUAAGUGCUUUUUUGCAGAUUUUUAUCAGCCUUAUUCAUGGGAUAGAGGUUGAUACAUUUGGUGUGGAUAAAUGGGAAAUAAAUAAUUUACUUAUGUUUUUGUUGUUUGUUUAGUGAUUUCAAUAAUAUCCAAAUCAGUGCUUUGAAUGUAGGUCAGACCGUUUUAGUAAUGGUUUUAGGUACAUGUUUGGCUUGGUUGAUGGAUGGCUAUAAAUUAUACAGGGUGUUUUAAAAAGAUGGACCCGAUUUGAAAUCACUAUAUCUCUGAAAUUGGGUCCAUCCUUUUUAAACACCCUGUAUAUAAGAAACCUCAUAAUACUCUAAACAAAAUAAAAUAACGUGGGAUGGGAUUACCGUUUAUAGAUUUUCCCCUCCCAUUUACUAAUACAUGUAUAGUACAUGUCUGCAAUGUAUUUGCGUGCAUAUAUGUACACAGGCUUGCGUGUGUGUAAUUGAAUGUAUACACAUGUAUGCUGACACAUACACACAAACAUAUAUACACACACGUGGGCGGUAUAUAUACAUGCUUUAAAUAUGUUUCAUACGAACUGUGCAGGCAGAGAGUCAAUAUUUGACAGGCAGACCUAAUGAAAUCCUCAUCUUCAUAAAGGUCUGUAAGCUAAAGUUUUAACAUUCUUGCUCGGUUCAGAUUUGUUUCCUUAAUUCUGAUGAGUCAUCGUUGCUAGAGCAGCAAUAUUAUCUUCAGUACAUAUAUGCUUGUCUCCCAAUUGUGUAUGCACUGCUUAAUUACUUUAAAAUUAAAUAUAUCCAAAACCGUUUCCGCAGGGCUAUAAAUGGACAAGUCAACGUUUCAGUGUAAAGUUUGUGUUCAUGUGCAACUGUAAUUUUACUCUAGCAGUUAAUUACUGCGGAUUAAAAAUGUCAGUUUUAAACUUUGCUGGCGUUUGGAGUCGACAGCAGAUAAUUUUUCAGCACCCUUUCCAAAUACAAUGAUAACGUUCAAAAGCCUCAUGUGCAAAAUAUUCUGUUCUUCGUGGCCUCAUCUCUUUAAUCUUAAAGUAUAGUUCAAGUCGCUACGUGAAACGUAUGGUUAUUUAAUUCCGAGUACAGGGGAGCAAAUGGCCUUUGUUAGCACCUACGUAGCAUUGUCCAGGGAUUGAACUUGAACAAUUGCCCACCGGUCAACCGUUACUGUAUGUUUGAUUUUGUCACUCGUCUCAUGGCUUGCCGACACAGCCUGUUUUAUUUUUCACCCGCAUGAAUUUACGGAUGCAUACGAUAUACAUGACGGUUUUGGGCCAAAAGUAAUGAAUCUUAUGAAUGUUAAUGAGUUGCUAUUUUUUUUUCAGAAGUCAGUCACUUUCCAAUACAAAGUAAAUAAUUUGAGGUAUAGGUCACCAACACCUAAAACAUCCCAAAUCAUGUAAAUUUUUGAUGAAAGUUGGAUACACCUAUUGGCAUAUAUACCGCGAUGUGUAUAUGUACACCGCCAGUUGACCCUUAGGCUUUGGUAAUGGUAUCAAACGUUACAUGUUGAAAUGGUCUAUAAACUAGCGAAUAUUAACAAUUACUGUUCUUGGUGCCCUGCUUUAGCAUGCAGUCACGGAAUAGGGCAAGUGUAAUUUGCUGGUGUAGUGUUUGUCAAUACAGGAGCGCAGUGUAGUACUAUUCGACAAUUACAGAUGCUGAGCAGCUUCUGUGCAAAUGCUUUUCAUGAGAAACGUUAUGCAUAGUACGCCAUACAUUUGAUUUAUUUGUUAAGUAAUCAUUUUGAAGCAUUUGAUUAGCGUACCUGUAUACUGUAACCAUUAAAAAAAUGUAAAGUAUUUCGUGAACAAUCUAACUUUUUGCCAUGCUAUGUCCCUUCAUCUGGAAAAACAAAUUGAUAAGCUUUAAACAUAACAUUGGAAUUUAUCAUCUUAGUUUAAUCGCUCAAACUAAAAUACACUAAGGGAUGCAAAAUGGUAACAUUGGCUGUAAUAAAUAGGUUUUUUUUUCAAUUGAAGCUACUUUACAUUCUGAUCAUGAUAGAAUAAUGAACUUUUCAAAAUAUUUUCCAAUUGAAAAUUCAUGGAUAAUGUAACUGACUUAUGGUGGAAAUCCCUUACGCUUUGACAUUCUGAGCUUGAGGCUUCUAGGCACGAUGCUGUCAUCCUAGAAGGGAAAGGGAGCAUACUACCUUUUCCUUGGGAGUGAAAGUCAUUCUGCCCAGAUACCGAUCAGGCCCUUUUGUCUUCGAGUCUAAUGUUCAAAUACUGUCCUUUGCAUUGACGAUGCACUGAAGUAAUCAUUUCCAGCCUCAUUGUGAAUGCCAAUGUGUUCAAUUAUUUAUUAAGUAGGCAAAAAAACAAGCAGUAGUAUCAAUUAUAGUUAACUACAUAGACAUUCAUUUUAAUAAAAAAAAAUGCCAGUAACCUUAAGAGUUGUCAUGCAUAAGCUGAUGUGUAUUGCCCCCAUGUAUGAGGAUGAAAUGUGUACACAGCUUUCUCUGACAUGCGCUGUGUAUGCAUUGUAUAUUCGUGAUAUGCAGUUAUGAACAGCUCUUUUAAAGAUUUUUGGUCUUUCAUUGUCAAUUGGUUUUACUGGAGUACUGCAGUCUAGUAUUGUAAUUUGCAACAUUGUAUGGGAAGCUUAUUCUGUUCUCCUCUAGACUUAUAUGUUAUUUUAGUUAUAGAGUAACGUUUAAUACUUUGAGGCUGGAAAUGGCAAAUAUAAUCCAUUAACAAUUUUGAAAUAAUGUAACUUUAAUCAGAGAUUUAAGUUGGUACGUGUAUAUAUUUGCAGUCAGGGUUUCAGGGUUCAGCAAUGGAUAAUUCAUUCUGUAACUUGAUGCCUUAAACUGUUAAAGUGAGGGUGAAUAUCUCCUGGUAUGUGUUUUGUUUGGAUUUUCCUGAAUUAAUCGCUGAUUACACAUUUUGAGAGUUUUAAUAAAAAAGAUUUUAAUAAAAUGUGUGCAAAACAUUUCUCAUUUUGGUGAUAAAUCCUAAACUUCAUUUAAAUACUCUAGUCAUGUACAACAAUUUCAAUAAACGAAAUCAUUUUUUCCUUUUUGGUUUUUAAUUUAAUUUGCCGCAACAUUUGCCUCGAAAAAAAAUGUUGCCUCCUUAAAAUUGACAUUGAUUGACCCAGGAGAAAUACUCUACUUUGGUAUUCCAAAAAAACUAAAUGGGCAACUUCCUGCCAUGAUGUGGGUCGCUGGAAAGACUUGGCAUUAUACCACGGCAAGCAAGGGGAUAAAGGUUUGACCGCAGUACUCUGAACGCGUAGGCUUGACCUCUGCAAUUAACGCGAUCGGCUAAAGUAAGCAGAGCCCUUCCCCACUGACUUGCCCGCAAGGCUUUGCCAAAAAGCCCCAGUAAUUUGAUAGAACGUAGUGCGGAGUGAGGAGGGUUGGUAUUCAUAAACAUGUGAACGUAAGAAUGUUUUACACGGCCUUUUGAGAAGUCUGGUCGCUCUUAUUGAUUACAUGUAAACUAAACUGAAAUCGGUGUCCUUGGCGUUUUUAGCCAGUGUGGUUGAUGCCAAUACUCGAGGCUGUGUACAUUGCUCAUGUUAAUGCACAUCGCCUUUUUUGUGGAAAUAUACGGGAACAUUUGCUUGUUAGCA